CCCUCUCACCACUUCUCUCCUCCUCCCACCCCGAGCUCACCAUCGCAGUGGACCAGCCCUCAGUGGAUGAGAAUAAACGGAGAAAACCCUUAAAACAUAGUGCGCACUUAAAAGUCACCCAGAAGGCGAUUUUACCUCAUGAAUGUUACGCUUUUGGGAAUGGAAAUGUAAACGCGCGUAUUCGACACUUUUUCCAUGUGAAACCGCGCGUGCUGAAUUAAAAUCACACCGGCUCGGAUUCGCUCAUCUUCUAAACAUCAAUGGGAGGACAGUGCUGAACAAUGUUUAACUACAAACGACUCAGCACUCAUUAACAAAGUUUCCAAGAAAUCCACAGGCGCACAGGAAGAUUUCCUCCUGCUUUUCCCGUUUCCUCAACACAGUGACAGAGAGAGAAAGAGAGACAGAAAAAUAGAGAGAGAGAUCAUGGGUCUUUAUGAGAGACCAGAGACAAAACUUUAAAUUUGGUGAAUCGCACUGACCUGUGAUAAUCCACGCGCCGUGUCUUGUGAGUUUUGCCGCCACAUUCACCAAUAACGGAUUUUACAACGGCACGAUUAACGGUGGAUUAUGAGUCCAGUCGACGACAUCCCCUGUGAGUCUUAGUCCUUACCAUCAGUUUUAAGGAUGAAAGAUUUCUGCAUGGGGCCGUUAAGGCUCGCUGUUCUAGUUCUGCUGAGCGGCAUGUCAUUCGGAGUCGUCGAACUGGAGCCCGUCCCAAAGAAGCAACAUCAAAGUCUCAGUCCCCGUUCGCCUUUACAGAACAUCACCCUGGCUGUCAUUUUGCCCCUACACAACACGGAGUAUCCCUGGGCAUGGCCACGGGUGGGCCCCGCCUUGCUUUGGGCUCUGGAGAAGGUGAACUCUAACCCCAACCUGCUGCCUGGUUACCACCUACAGCUGGUCUUUAACAGCAGCGAAAACAAGGAUGGAGUGUGCUCAGACUCUGUGGCUCCUCUCGUGGCCGUGGACCUAAAGUUCUCGUACAACCCCUGGGCUUUCAUUGGGCCCGGUUGCGAGUACUCUUCCUCACCCGUAGCCCGUUUCACCACACACUGGGAGGUUCCCAUGAUCACUGCUGGGGCGAGAGCGAUGGGCUUACAUUUGUACUCUUCUGUCACCAACAUCGGUCCCACGCACAAGAAACUUGGCGAGGUUGUGGUAAGGAUGCACCGACACUUCGGCUGGCACAAACAUGCCAUGCUUAUGUUUAGCGAUAAUAAGACCGAUGACCGGCCAUGCUACUUUGCCGUGGAGGGACCGUACACAGAGAUGCGCAACGAGAACAUCACGGUGUAUGACAUGGUGUUUAAUGAGGACGAGGAACUGGUCCAAUAUGAAACACUUGUCAAGGAUAUCAGCGAGAAAGCCCGUGUGGUGUACGUCUGCUGCAAAUGGGAGACGUUUCGUAAGCUGAUGGUGACGUCCUGGAAAUGGGGUCUUCCUCGGGAGGAAUAUGCAUUUUUCUUCAUCGAUCUGUUUGGACACAGUCUGCAAAGCCGUCCUGCUAAACCAUGGGCACGUGGAGACAAUGAUGACAAUGCAGCCAAAGAGGCAUUUAAAAGCGUGAAGAUCUUGACUUACAGAGAACCUCAGAAUCCCGAGUACAAAGACUUCGUGUCCAGACUGAAGACAGACGCAAUGGACUUGUUUAACUUCAGCGUGGAGGAUUCUCUGAUGAAUCUGAUUUCUGGAGCAUUCCAUGAUGGCGUCAUGUUGUACUCUAAUGCCCUAAACGAGACCCUGGAUCAGUCGGGCACACGGCCCCCGGGGGAUAUGGUCACUAAGAAGAUGUGGAAUCGCACUUACCACGGCGUCACCGGAGUCACCCAGUUGGAUGAGUUUGGUGAUCGGGAAAUUGAUUUUGCUCUAUGGGACAUGACCGACACAGAUUCAGGAGUUUAUCAGAUUGUGUCCGUGUAUAAUAGCAGUCAAAAGCAGAUGAUUCCAGAGCCAGGGAUGAAAGUGCACUGGCUAAAAGGAAGCCCACCUCCAGAUAUCCCACUGUGUGGCUUUAAAAAUGACAACCCCGCCUGCCUGGCAAAGACGGUCACCAUGCACCAGAUGGUCUCAAUAGUGGUGUGCUUUAUUUUCAUCAUCAUCGUGACAGUCACAGUCUUCAUCUACAGGAAACUGAAGCUGGAAAACGAGCUGGCCGCUCAGCUGUGGCGGGUACAUUGGGAGGACAUACAAAUGAGUAACAUAGAAAAGAGCCUGCGUAGAGCCUGCAGCAGACUCACCAUGUCAUUGAGGGGCUCUAACUAUGGCUCACUGCUGACCAUGGAAGGAAACUUUCAGAUCUACGCAAAAACCGGCUACUAUAAGGGAAACAUAACGGCCAUUAAGUAUGUCAACAAGAAACGCAUCGAGCUCACCAGGAAAGUGCUGUUUGAACUCAAACACAUGCGUGACGUUCAGAACGAGCACCUGACGCGCUUCAUAGGCUCCUGCAUAGACCCACCCAACAUCUGCAUCCUGACUGAGUACUGCCCACGGGGAAGCCUGCAGGAUCUUAUGGAAAGUGAGGGAAUCACUCUUGACUGGAUGUUUCGGUAUUCUCUGAUCAAUGACAUUGUUAAGGGAAUGGCGUUCCUUCACAACAGUGUCAUCAUUUCCCACGGCAAUCUGAAGUCUUCCAACUGCGUGGUAGACAGCCGCUUUGUGCUAAAGAUUACGGAUUACGGUCUGGAAAGUUUCCGCAAAGAAAGCUACUUGGAAGACACGUACGCCUACUACGCACGUAAGCUAUGGACGGCCCCUGAGCUCCUCCGUGCUGAAAGCCCACCUCCAUGUGGAACGCAAAAGGGAGACGUGUACAGCUUUGGCAUUAUCCUGCAGGAACUCGCCCUACUGAAGGGCGUCUUUUACCUUGAGGGACCUUCUCAUAGCCCCAAAGAGAUCAUUGAGCGUGUAUCAGAGGGCCAGUGGCCAUACCUGCGACCGAUGCUGUGUCCCCAGAGCCACAGUGAAGAGAUGGGUCAGCUGAUGCAGCGAUGCUGGUCCGAAGAUGUCAACGAGAGACCGGAAUUCAACCAGAUUAAAGUUCUGCUCCGCAAGAACAACCGUGGGUAUGGAUCUAACAUCCUGGAUAACCUCCUGUCUCGUAUGGAGCAGUACGCCAAUAACCUGGAGGAGCUGGUGGAGGAGAGGACGCAGGCGUACCAUGAAGAGAAACGUAAAGCUGAAGCUCUGCUCUAUCAGAUUCUCCCACAUUCAGUGGCGGAGCAGCUCAAGCGUGGUGAGAUGGUCCAGGCUGAAGCCUUUGACUCGGUCACCAUCUAUUUCAGUGACAUUGUGGGCUUCACUGCCUUGUCAGCUGAGAGCACGCCAAUGCAGGUGGUGACGCUGCUCAAUGAUCUCUACACUUGCUUUGAUGCCAUCAUCGACAAUUUUGACGUCUACAAGGUGGAGACCAUCGGUGAUGCAUACAUGGUGGUGUCCGGUCUCCCUGUGAGGAACGGUAAACUCCACGCCCGUGAGAUCGCCCGCAUGUCUCUGGCUUUGCUGGAAGCGGUUCGAUCCUUCCAGAUCCGUCACCGGCCCAACCAGCAGCUCCGCCUGCGUAUCGGCAUCCACAGCGGCCCUGUGUGUGCAGGGGUGGUCGGUCUGAAGAUGCCUCGCUAUUGUUUGUUUGGCGAUACAGUCAACACAGCUUCACGUAUGGAGUCUAAUGGUGAAGCUUUGAAGAUCCACGUGUCAGAGGCCACACGGGCCGUACUAGAGGAAUUAAACUGCUUCCAGCUGGAGCUCCGGGGGGAUGUGGAGAUGAAGGGCAAAGGAAGGAUGAGGACAUACUGGCUACUAGGAGAGAUCACCUCUAACAAUGACUGAAAACUAAAUAACAAGGAGCAAAGCUCCCAUGAGAGGAGAGAACAAAACAAAAACAUCUAAACUGAGUAUAAGAACAGUGUGGAGACACAUCGACCUCGACUCGCCAGGACAAAAGGUGAAAUGAGAGAAAAUGUGUUGAGAAAGAGGAAUCUGAGACUCUUACAUGGCGAGUCUUUUCCAUCUUCUGGUUUUUGACUCGUGGGAAUCUCACUAUGACUUUGCCAAGUAUACACAAGACAAAACCUACACUUGAGCAGAUUGCUGACUGUUUAAAUGAAAUGAUCACAUCAGUCCUGUAUCUGAUGGGCGUUCUCAGAGUUUAGAGUUUAAUUGUGUUGCUACCAUUGGCAUGAUGAAAGCCGGUCGUCAGGAGUAGAUUUGAUCUGUGUUUGAUUUUGUUGUUUAUUUUAUUGAUCAUGCAGAGACACAGUGCUGUAGUUCCUUUCAUUUUUAGCCAUGCCAAAUGUUUUCUGGGAUACAGGUGAAGUUAAACCUCAUCAGCUGCAUCUGCCAGUCUGGAUCUACUUUUAUCAGAGGAAGCACAGGUGAAGAUCAUGUACAUUACAAAUAUAUAAUAAUAAAUGUGACCCUGUCUGUGAAAUCCAGGCUUAAAUCUGAUUAGGAGCAUUAACAUUUGAUUUCGAUCUUUGACAUGACCUUAAUAUAUCUCAAUAUCAAGGUUAUAUUUUCACAGAAUGUUCUUUACAUUAUGUCGGAUGAGUUUAUUUAGAAAACCAAACAAUGCCUUCAGCUGGGUUUUCACAGGCAGAAUCUUAAAUGUCAAAUAUAAUUAAGAAAGCAAAAAAAUGUGCAAGGAAAAGGUGAUGAUGGAUUUUGGUCUUAAAAGAAGCACAAAAGGUUACCUUGCAAGUAUUAGAUAUGCUUGGUGUUCAUGUAAAUGCAGGACUUACCUUCCUUUUAAUGACAGCAUAACGCAUCAUUCACAAUACAUUAAACUUGUAUAAUGUGAUAUACAGUGGUCCUAAAUGUAUUUUGACUUUUGGAUUACAUUAAAUAUAUAAAAAUGCAUUAAAUUAAAAAAUAUAUUAAACCUAGUAGCAUCUUAAACAAAUAAAGAUACACUGAAAAAAUAAAGGCUGAAUUUACUUAAAAAUAUUGUGCAUCAUUUUUGCACUAAGGUAAGUAUUACAUGGAAUUUUAAGCAUUUUAUGCAACUGCUUAAAAUUUCAAGUAAAACUUACUUUAAAAAAGUGGAUACAACAAUUAUGCAUAUAUUCACUAUAUAUUAUAAAUAUAUACUAUAUUUUUAAGUAAAUCCAGCAUUAUUUUUUACAGUAUACUGUAGAUCUUUACUUGAGUCAUUUUUGCUGUAGUUUCAAGCAACUUGUCUCAGUGCAUUAAAAGUGUCCAAGCAGACCCUGUUUUAUAGUUGAGUGUCCAGAUAGUUUUUUAUAAAUUACUCAAAAAUGCUGGGGUAUUUUUAAUCCAGCGUCGGGUCGAAAAGGGACGAACCCAGCCCAUUGGGUUGUUUUUUAAAUUAUGCUGGGUUGUUUUAACCUAAAAUGCUAGGUGGUUGUUUAAUCCAUUGUUGGGUUAAAUAUAAUCGUUUUCUAGUUUAAUUGAAAAUAACCCAGCUUUUUUUUUUUAACUGUACACUCAAAAAACUAAACACUUCUUUUUGUGAAAUUUUGUGUUUAAGAAGUGUGCAUGUGCAAACUAUAAAAUAUAAUUGUGAAUUGGUUUAAUACAUUGUUAAUACAUUGGUUUAAUAACUUUACACACUGCAAAAAAAUGAUUUUCAUGGAAAAAAAUUCUUAGAUAAACUCUAAGAUGCACUGAAAAAAUUAUUCAUUGAAUUUACUCAAUAUUUUUAAGGUAAGUGGUUGCAAUCAAUUUAUUUAAGCUACAUUUAAACAAAAAAGAUUAGUAAAGUAAAAUAAAAAAUAAAACUUUUGUUUAAAUGUAGCUUAAAUAAAUUGAUUGCAACCACUUACCUUAAAAUGUUUUAUUAAAUUCAAUGAAUAAUUUUUUUCAGUAUGCUUUUUCUUGAUGAGCAAAACGUCCCAAGAAAAGAAGUUUAGUUUCUAGGCCAAAAAUAUCAAAUUUAAGUGAUUUUGUGCAUAAAACAAGCAAAAAAAGCGAAUUUUUCUUUAAUUUUUAAUGAAUUUAGUGUUCAAGAAAAAUUUUCAAGAUUUUUACAUUUGAUAUUUUUGAUCUAAAAACUAGACUAUAAUAUACUAAAUAUUCAUAAAAGACUAAAUAUAAGUUUUUUUUUCUUUUUAGUAUAUUUGUCUUGUUUUCAGUACAAAAUUUGAGACAAAAAUAAACAAUUUAAGUGAAUUUGUGCUUAAAACAAGCAAAAAAAUCAGCUUAAUAGUGUAUGAAAUUUUUUCUUGAUUUUGUUUGUAAGUGUUUAAGAAAAAGUACUAGAUUGUUUUAAGCACAAAUUCACUUAAAUAAAAAAAAACUAGCCUUAUUUUCUUAGGUCAUUUGCCCAUCAAGAAAAAGCAUCUUAAUUUAAGAUUUUUUUUAUAUUUGUACUGAAAACAAGACAAAAAUACUAAUUAUGAAAGUAAUUUUUUUGCAGUGUAGUUUAUUUUAAGUGGCAUUAUCGUUCACAAAUGCUAUUUUGGGCCACUGUAUUUCUCAGUGAAACUGAAUAUUCAUCAAGAAGUGGGAUAAAGGAUGUUUUUGGUUAAGAGUAUUUCUGCUGGCCACACCGCCUUGUUACGUAGACAAAAAAACUACAAAAGUGGAGUAGUUAAAUAUUCAUGAUAAUGAGAACAAACCUUUAUCCAGAAUGGUAUGCAUAAUAGGGUUAUUUUUGAUAUCAUGUUGUCUUCUUUAGUAAGGUGUGAAUAAGCACGAUAGCAGUUUUUGAUUCAGAUCAAUAGACACGAGUAUAAAUGUGAGGUCCGGUUUUGUGCAAGCUUUCCUAUUCCAACAACAUCUACACAUCAUCCAGCCAGAUCCUUGCCAGUUCAGUUUUUCAAAAAUCUGUCAAAUCAUCGAAAACCAGCCAGUAUGAAGGAAAUAUCAGGUUCUGGUUGAUUUGUUGCUUCCCUGUACAUUAUGCAGCCAUACCCUUUUAUGUCUGAGCUGAGAUAACAAGCAUUUUUGCAGUGACACCUGCUGUGUCAUCAAGUCUCAGAUAAAAAUCUGUCUCGAUUCAUGGCUGUUACAUUUCAAUAUAAACAAUAUAAGCUCUUGGAUCCAUUUCUUGUGCGGAUGCUGCAUACACUUCAUCGUAACAGUAAACUGUUCAUUUUUGUUUACAUCAAUCUUCUGAUGAUAUUAAAAGCUUCACAACUCACAACGCUAUAUAUUUUUUAAAUAAAAAUGAAUGUAUGUUUCACUUAGUUGUAAAUUGAUGACUUUGUUUUGCCUCGUCACGUAUUCACACCAUGAUGAUGAUGAUGAUGUUGUGACAACUGUCAGUCAAACUGUAGCAAUGAUGACUGGCAUCCUGUGUUAUAAGAUCAUGAUUGAUAAUAUCAGAUCUGUACAGUCUUUUAUAAAGCAGCUCUAUUUGCUUU